AUGGACUUCCCCUCGCCAGCGCCGCCAGCCGGUCCGACGAAUGAGAGUCCAUCCCUUGGCACGCAAGCGGCCGCGCAGCAAGGCGCGACGGAUCAGCCAAAUCUCGUUGCAGCGCUUGAAUCGCUUGAUGACAGCCCGCCAAGCUUGACGCGAGCUGUGCCCCUCAACAGAUCAAAACCGUUCGCACACCCUCAUCUGCCGAGAGCAGGUCAGGCACUGCAGGAGGCGACGGCGACAGUAGCUAGUGGGCCGUCUGCAGUAGCGUUGGCGAAUCCUCGCGCCUCCUCACUGGACCCCGGCAGUCGAGGAGUAGCGAGGCAUCCGGGAGCUCUCAGAGAUGACACGCCGCUUCCAGCUACACCCGCAGCACCCAAGCGGCCCGCGAGGCUGAAUAAGGCGCCGAAGCGAUCAAUUCUUAAGGCUCCUCCUGCUCCUGCUCAGAAAGCUUUCUCAUUCAAGCGAGACAUCAUACAACCCUUAAACAAUGUCAAGCUGAGCUAUGGGUCCUUCUACGCCGCCGCUGCAGGCCUAGCAUCAGGACAAGCGCCAAGUCAGCACGCGAACGGCAAUGCCUCGAGUGACACGUCCAGAUCUGUUGACUCUGGCACCAGCGCAACAGUCACCUCCAGCGCGGCGCCUUCGGGCCUCUUUCGCAAUGCCAUCGGAAGAAUCAGUGCUGCGGCUGCAGCCGCGAGUCAGGCCGCAGAGCAGCAACGCUCAAACGCAGCGCAGUCGCGUGCUAUACCCGUCCAAGAAAGCGAGCAGAGUGAUCCACAGCCUCAGAAACCAAUACCAAGCUCGCCAUCAUCAAGCAGUCAAUUAUCAGUGUCUAACCUGAAGUCUGUUAGAUUCACAAUGUCAUCUCUCACCGUUGUAUACCCACUGAACGCGGCAGAAGCGCCAGAAGCAGAAUCCGUCACUCGCCAGCGCGUGAAUACCCAGCGACGGCUCGAUAUGGCCCAGAGGAAAAUGUGGUCAGGCGAAGAGCUGGGACGACUGUACGAAGAGUGUUGCAGGACGAGAGAGGAACCAGGCCUGACGACCCUUCGGCGAUUGCUGAAGGAUAAUCCAACAUCUCCGCCACGCGUCAUUGACUUGUCGAAUCAGUUACUCACGCAUGGCGCUGUAGCUGCUUUGGGUGAUGUCCUGUCGGUUGACUUUGGCUUGACCAAGCUCGUUCUGGACGACUGCGGUCUCGACGACGAUAGCCUGAAACCAUUACUACACGCGCUGCUCGUAUCCGGGCAGCUGCCAACUCUGAGCUUGGCUAAUAAUAAGCGGAUACGGUCACGAGGCUGGCGACUGCUCUCCGUCUUCAUAGCUCGCACGCGCUCGGUCAAGUAUCUUGACGUUUCGGACAACACGCUGGACCGAAGAGCCAUAGAAGCUUUCGCCUCUGCACUCCACACUCCUUCCACAGCAUCCAGCGCAAGCCAACCUUCUUCCCCAAAAGGCAGUGACGAUGAGGACAGCGGGCCGCUAUGGCCUGGUGCGCCAAACCUGAAAGACGGAGGUCAUGAGCCAUCGUCUGUCACAUCCAUCCGUUUAGAGAAUUGCGGCCUCAAGUCACAAGCGCUGGAAGCACUAGCUCAAUCGGUGCGCGAGUCUACACUCCAGCAUAUCUCCCUCAGGCGUAAUCGCAUCAACAAUCUGGGCGCGGUCGCUCUGGCCAUCAUGAUCAGGGACUACCCUCUCGUGCCGGGCACUAUAGGCCACGUUGACCCGAAGGAAGGCAAAGACGAUCGCUAUCUCUUCGCCAACAGCGACGCGGAGCUCGGCAAUACCGUUACUGCUCGUCAAGAGACUAUACCCAUCCAGACUCGCACGAUCAAUAUGAACGGCUCGCCGUUGCGAGAUGGAAUUAGCAACGAUCGCGAGGCCUGGCAAUCGUCCUCUGUCCGUCUCAGGCUGCAGAAGCAGCUAGAGACCCUGCCUCGCACUGGCUCUCUCUUGACGCUGGACGUCAAGAAUAAUGAUAUCAAGGGCGGCAUAUUCUAUAUAGCACAAGUUCUCAAGCGCAAUCGAACCCUUCGCGUACUCAAUCUCAGCGAGAACAAGAUCGAUGCGCAAGGUCUUGCGACUCUAGCAGAGGCGCUGAAAUUCAAUUCGACGCUAGAGACGCUCGAUCUCAGCAAGAACCCGUGCUGUGGCCCUUCGACUACUGGCGUUGCUGCGCUGCGGGCCGCUUUGACGUACGACAGCCGGCUGGUCCGAAUCUUCCUCAACUCGACUGACAUGACUUCCGAGGCCGCUAUAAAUCUCGCUGAGCGGCUACCAGACGUCAAGCAUCUUCUCCACCUGGACCUCACAGAGAAUCACGAUGUUGGCAUCGCUGGCGUCAUGGCGCUGGCCGCGGCGCUCAAGAUGAAUCGGACUGUGCGCUGUCUCGAUCUCAAUAUACCCGCCAAUGAUGCGGAUUACGCUCGUCUAUCACAAGACAUCUUGCAAAGCUGCAUUCGCAAUACCGAGCUGGCUGAAGCCGACUCUCGCGCUCGUGGCGUUAAAGCGCCCGUCAACCUGAUCUCAAAGUCAGCGGUUGCUCGGGAUCUGCAGCUUUUGCAGCAAGGCGGCGUCAAGGAUCCUAUCGAGACGCCCGCUGAGCAGGCUGCGCGUCAGGAGCUGGUCGAUCUCGCAACAUCUGGUCUCGACUGCUGCGACGUGCUCGAGGAGAUCAUCAGCGCUGCAGAAACUCAGACAGCCACGGAAGACCAGAACCGUGUCGCUAUUGAUAUACUUGCCUCGGCUCGUGAGGCCUCAGGUCAGGUUGCCGCGGCGUUGUCCAGGCCGCCUCCGAUGGCGCAGCGAUCACAGCUGCAAUCUGCGCACGACAGGCUAUCAGAUCUCAUUGCACGUGCCGAACGCUUCUGGCCGAGCGAGGCGUCUACGUCCUCUCGCAAGGGCACGAGACCGAGCGACCUAGAGCUCGUACACGAUCCGCAGCCGGAAGAGUGCCCUCGCUCGCCUAUGGAAAGCCAAAGCAGGAUCUUUACGCUCGAAGAGGGCGAAAUAUUUCGACGCGCGGAAGCUCUCGGCGCUGCCCAUAUCGAUGAGGAGGACGAGGACGCUAAGGAUAUGUCCGGCGAUGCGCUCAAAGAAGCCUUGCUGGAGGCGCAGAUCGAUCGAGUCCCUCGUCCCAUGCCCAUUGCCGCUAUUCACGAAGUACACGAAACUUAA